CUUGCCCUCUUAAAAGGUACUGCAUAAAUUUAAGGCGGGCGGGGGACACGACUUUAGGCCUUAUCCCAUUUUAACUAACUGGUUGUGCUUUUCUAGGAAUUGGUGAAAUUUGUCCUAAAGUAAUUCCUACUUCAACGUAGAUGGAGGUUGAUGCUUUAUUUUAAUUGUAAAGUUUCCUGUUUCUGUGGUUUCCGAGGAUUUCUCUUGGUAGGGCCUGAUUUACUUGAAAUGUGAAGUAGUACAUUGAUUUUCCCUACCACCCCUCUUUGUCCUCAGUUUUAUGCUAAACCGACUGAAAUAAAUGUUUGCCUUAGGAAUUUCUCUCAUUUUUCAGAAGCACCCAGAGACGCACAUGUUAGGAGCUCACGCUAGAAUACUUUGUCAUUAUGGUUCUACUGUUGUUUCCUUUCAAGUUGCCUAAACACAGCUGAGUUGGUAAGAGGAGCAAAGACAACAAGAUAGGGCUGCCAAGUAGGCAGGAAGCUGUAGUGGACCUAGCGAGCAGGGGCGGCUGAGCACACCCUCCAUCCAAUCAGCUGUGAGUGCUGUUGCUAUGUGCGCUCUACUCUGCUGCCUUUGUGAAAACCUUACACAGAGGGAAGCGAAAUCAGCACCCACCGCUGAACGUUUGUUUUAACCACUGCAGACAUCUGGAUCCCUCAGUUUCUGACUGUCUAGCUAUUGACAGCCAGAAGGCAACUUCUUUUAUACAAGGAUUCCAGUAUGGUUUUCAGUGGAAACAAAGGGCUUCACAGAGAAGAUACUCUAGAUGAAUAUUUUGAAUACGAUGCAGAGGAGUUCUUGGUCUCUCUGGCCUUGUUAAUAACAGAAGGACGAACACCAGAAUGUUCUGUAAAAGGUCGCACGGAAAGUUUCCAUUGCCCUCCAGCACAGUCUUGUUACCCAGUAACUACCAAACAUGAAUGUAGUGACAAGCUGGCCCAGUGUCGCCAAGCCAGACGGACCAGGUCUGAAGUCACAUUGUUGUGGAAGAAUAACCUUCCGAUCAUGGUGGAAGUGAUGCUCCUACCAGACUGCUGCUACAGUGAUGACGGGCCCUCUGCAGAAGGAAUGGAUCUAAAUGAUCCUGCAAUUAAACAAGAUGCAUUGUUACUAGAAAGAUGGAUAUUGGAGCCAGUUCCUCGACAGAGUGGUGAUCGAUUUAUUGAAGAGAAGACUCUUCUAUUGGCUGUUCGCUCAUUUGUGUUUUUUUCUCAAUUAAGUGCUUGGCUGAGUGUUUCUCAUGGUGCUAUUCCACGAAAUAUUCUUUACAGAAUCAGUGCUGCUGAUGUAGACCUACAGUGGAAUUUUUCACAGACUCCAAUUGAGCAUGUGUUUCCUGUUCCCAAUGUUUCUCACAAUGUGGCCUUGAAAGUCAGUGUUCAGUCCCUGCCCAGACAAUCUAAUUAUCCAGUUUUGACCUGUAGUAUUCACACUAACAUUGGCCUUUAUGAGAAAAGAAUUCAAGAACAUGAACUUAAAACCCAUCAGCACCGCAAUUCUAAUGAAGCAGAACAAUGUAGUACAAACAGUUCACAACGUUUGUGUAGCAAACCAGCUUGGACCAUGGCACCUGAAGGUGUACUACAUGCGAGAAAUGGCACAGCUCCAGAAUAUACCACAACUGUCAAAAAUGUCAAACUCUAUCCAGGCACUGGCAGUAAAUCUGACUAUGGAUCAUCUCAAGCCAAUAUUCUGGGCUUCAGUGGGAUAGGAGAUAAAAAAUCACACGAGACAUCAGUGAGAACUUUAAAAUCAUUUUCAAUGAUUGAUUCCAGCAUUUCCAGCCGCCAGAGUUCCUGGCAGUCAGUUGGUGAGAGUAAUCCUUUAAUAGGUUCUUUAAUUCAGGAUCGACAAGAAGUUAUUGCAAGAAUUGCUCAGCAUUUGAUUCAUUGUGAUCCAAGCACUUCUCAUGUUUCUGGACGCCCAUUUAAUACACAAGAGUCUGGUUCACUUAAUUCAAAACUCUUUCGAGAGAAUGAAAACAUGAGAAAAUAUAAAGAACCUUUUCCCAUCUCUUUUGGUAGUUCAGAGCUCACUGCCUCAGAAGAUGCUGGUGAGGGGAAAAUUAGAGUAAAACCAGAAACUUCUCAAAAUGAAACUUGUGUUUCUAAUGGUGUUUACUCUCGUCAGUCUAUGGGUGAGACUAACCCUUUGAUAGGAUCUUUACUCCAGGAGCGGCAAGAUGUAAUUGCAAGGAUUGCUCAACACUUACAGCACAUUGAUCCAACUGCAUCCCAUAUGCCCCGGCAGUCAUUCAGCAUGCAGAACUCCAGUUCUGUCUCUCCUAAAGUGUUCAGGAGUUCAUAUGAAGACCAAAAUGUGCUGAAAAAAAACAAGGAUGAUGGCCCUGUCUCCAUUUCUAAUACACAAUUUUCCUUGUUAGCAGAUAGCAGAGAAAGGAAAAACUCAAUAUUUGAUAGAUCAUGUAGUUCGUUUAAAUGCAACAGUACUGAAAAGGCCUCUUUGAAACCUCAAGUAAGAAAUUUAUAUCAGGACAAUCCUAGUGAAAUCAUCCAAAGUACAUUUCAAGAGACAAAGAACAAAGACAUUAGUUUAUUGACUCCCUCAAAUAUGUCUCAUUGCACAGAAAAUAACUUAGAUUUGACAAUCAGACUGGAAAAUACACUUUCUGAGUGUCAAUUUAAAGAGCAAGAGAUUAGCAAUGGAAUUGAUAAGCAGUAUUCAAAUUGCAUCAGUAUUGACAAACAGACUUGCAUUUCUAAGUACAAGGGAAAAAUAAUAAAAAAUGAAAACUGUAAUCCAGAAUCUUUUAACAAUCACCAAUUUGACAAUUCUAAAGAAAAGGACUCAAAAAUAAAAGUUUCUAUGCUGGAAAUGUCUGGACAUUUGGACAAAUAUGAAAACCAGUGCUCAAAUAAAGACUCAAAAAGGCCUAAAACAUGUGAGCAGAAUACUCAACUUAGUAGCAUAGAAAAUUAUUUCAAUAAAAAUAAUGAAGGUCUCAAAUGCAAAAAGCCAGAACAAUUAAAAAUUGAACAGAAUAAGAAGGAAGAACGAAUUGCUGAAAAAUCUCGAAUCUGUCCUCAGAGAAAGAAUAUGAAAGACUGUGUGUCUACAUGUGAACAACUGAAAAACACAGAGGUAUUGCAGAGGACUAUACCACUGAAACAUUCAAAUGUCUGGCGGAAACAUAAUUUUCAUUCCUUGGAUGGAACCUCAACCAGAGCCUUUCAUCCUCAAACUGGAUUGCCUCUUCUUUCAAGUCCUGUUCCUCAGAGAAAGGCACAAUCAGGUUGCUUUGAUCUGGAUUCCUCAUUACUGCAUCUGAAAAGUUUAUCAUCUAGAAGUUCUCGACCGUGUUUAAAUAUUGAAGAUGAUCCAGAUAUUCAUGAAAAACCAUUUCUGAGUUCCAGUGCUCCACCUAUUACCAGUCUUAGUCUCUUAGGAAAUUUUGAGGAAUCUGUCUUAAACUAUCGUUUAGAUCCUCUUGGCAUUGUUGAUGGUUUUACUGCCGAGGUAGGGGCAAGUGGUGUUUUCUGCCCCACACAUUUGACUCUUCCAGUCGAAGUGUCAUUCUACAGUGUUUCAGAUGAUAAUGCUCCCUCUCCUUAUAUGGGUGUGAUCACUUUAGAGUCCCUUGGUAAAAGGGGUUAUCGAGUACCUCCUUCAGGAACAAUACAAGUGACCUUAUUUAAUCCUAAUAAGACUGUGGUGAAGAUGUUUGUUGUGAUAUAUGACUUGAGAGAUAUGCCAGCCAAUCAUCAGACAUUCCUACGACAAAGAACUUUUUCUGUACCUGUCAAACAAGAAAUGAAGAGAAGUGUUAAUAAAGAGAACACCCGACAUACAGAAGAACGGUUAUUACGCUACCUCAUACAUCUGAGGUUCCAGAGUUCUAAAUCUGGAAAGAUCUACCUCCAUAGAGAUGUACGGCUCCUGUUCUCCAGAAAGUCAAUGGAAGUUGAUAGCGGUGCUGCAUACGAACUCAAAUCUUACACUGAAUCGCCAACAAACCCUCAGUUUUCACCAAGAUGUUGAUAAGGAGAGUGGCAGUUUAAAGUCUGAAAAUAAAAAUUGCUAUAAAACGGAGUGUACCAAAAUUAUCAACCGGGAGAGUGGAUCCUCUCCUGUUAUUCUGGACCAGUUUUCAUUAAAGGAUUCCUGGAAUGAGAUCCACAUAUUUCAAGUAGACUGGAAAGAUUCAUGUCCUGAUCCUCUUUGUACUGUUGAAACCACUUCAUUGGACAUAUUAUUGCAAUAGCAACACCCUCCCCAAGUUAGAUUAGUGUUUACACAUUUUAUUUCUCAGUUAUUUAAUAUUUAAUGUUUUACUUAAUACUCAAGUGAUGUUUGUCUAUAGUGUUCUAAUGUAGCACAAAUCCUAUGUAAAAUCAUACUAUGUAUUUUUGACAUUAAUGUUGAAAUCUGAAAUAUAUGCACACGUCUUUAAUUUUGUGUGAUGUGUUUUAAGUACUAUUCAUUUAAGUUAUUGAAAAUGAGAAUGAAAUGUUGAGCUUCUUUAAGAUUAACGCACUAUGCAAGCAUGUGUACUUUUUAUAUCUCCAAAGUUUAGUUUUAACAGUGCCCCACCCAGGUUGCUGUCUCGCAGUCAUCUUUUAACAUGCUGUAAUGGCAGUGCAACGCUGACUAAGCUGCUUCACAUUCCCUUUGCAAAUUCGGAUCAUCAUGCCCAUUCAUAUUCCUCUAGAAUACCAUUUCCCAGAACAGUUCUAUUUUUCCUUAGUCACUAUUACAGAGGCUUUACAUUAAAUUGCUGUCCCAUAUUAGUUAACUUUUGCAAAUUGUUAAAAGGAUAUGUACUUUGAAAACAAAUUAAUAUUUAUAUUGUAAAUAUAUGCAAAAA